CUCCGGGAGGCACAGACGCUCCUCGACCGCCGUGCUUUGAGGCUGAAGCCAGCAGCGAGCUCUCUCCGUGCGCCGGAGCGCGCGGCAGGCAGGCAGGCAGGCAGGCAGCGAAUGACCUUUUUUUCCCUCCUUUUGCUUGCUUGGGCUGCUCCGCCCCUAUAAAUAACUGAGAGCAAAGGAACUUUCCCAAGUCAAGAGACUUUAGGAGAGGACUCGACGCCUACCGCCAAAUGGUCCGGAGGAACCCGACGCAGCCAGGGCGCCCGACCGGCAGCGACUAAGCAGCGCCUCGCGAUUUUUGAAGAAGGGGCCGGCGCCCCCUCCCCUGGCUUUGGACGGGAGUUUCAGGGGUCGGCAAGAAGGCAGAGGAACGGCCGGCGCCCCCUCGGCCGGCGCUUGCGACGUCCCCGCUCUCUCGCUCUGGAGGCUUUGGAGGGGGGCCGCUGGUGGCCGAGAUUCCCCUUUCCCCCCCCGCUCCCCUCCUUUUGCUUUCAUGCAACGCCUGGUUGCCUGGGAUCAGGCAUGCCACCACCUCCAGCCCACGGCCUUUAAAUCCAUGGAAGUGGCUAAUUUCUAUUACGAGGCGGACUGUCUGGCUGCCCUGAACAAGCUGCACCCCCGGGCGGCGGGGGCCCGCUCCAUGACCGAGCUCACCGUGGGGGACCACGAGAGAGCCAUCGACUUCAGCCCUUACCUGGACCCCUUAGCAUCGCAGCAGCAGCAGCCGCCGCCGCCGCAGCAGCCGCCUCCUUCUUCCACGGCAGCAGGGGGCAACUUUGAGCCUCUUUGCAGCAACGGCGGGAGCAGCGGCCAAGAUUUCCUCUCCGAUCUUUUCUCCGAGCAGGACUAUAAAGGCGGCGGGAAGAAGCACCCCGACUACGCUUACAUCAGCCUAGGCAGACACAGCCACCACCCGGGCGUCGGGCAGAACCAUAAGGCCGGGCCGCUGCUGGGCUGCUUCCCGCCGCAGAUGGUGGAGACCAAAGUGGAGCCGGUCUUCGAGCACUUGGAUUCUUGCAAAGGGGCCCGCAAGGAGGAAGGCGGCGGCGGCGCAGCUGGGCCCGGCCUGGGGGGAAUGUCCUCGCCUUACGGCAGCACCGUCCGCUCCUACUUGGGCUACCAGUCCGUGCCCAGCGGGAGCAGCGGGAACCUCUCCACCUCCUCCUCGUCCAGCCCGCCCGGCACCCCGAACCCGUCCGAUUCCUCGAAAUCCGCGGCGGCCGGAGGAGGAAGUGGCGGCGCCGUUUACCCGGCAGGCCCCGGCGGCAGCGGCGGCGGCAAGAACAAGUCCAAGAAGUGCGUGGACAAACACAGCGAGGAGUACAAGAUCCGCCGGGAGAGGAACAACAUCGCCGUGCGCAAGAGCCGCGACAAAGCCAAGAUGCGCAACCUGGAGACGCAGCACAAGGUCUUGGAACUGACGGCCGAGAACGAGAGGCUCCAGAAGAAGGUCGAGCAGCUGUCCCGGGAACUCAGCACCCUCAGGAACUUGUUCAAACAGCUGCCCGAACCGCUCUUGGCGACCUCCGGACAUUGCUAGCCCUUUCCCUCCCCACCGGCCCGGAACAAGCUGGACGCGGCUGGAGCAGCGCAGUGGCUUGGGCGGGGAAGCGCCUGGGCGCGGGGCUGGGGGGCUUCCGGGGAGGAAUGGAGCGGUUUGGGGGCUGGAAUCCAGGGGGUGCCUCUUCCCCUCUUUUCAGGACUAGCGCGGGUCGGAGGGGGAUGGAAAUAGAGAGCCCCGAGGGUUUGCAUAUAUAUAAUAUAUUAUAUAUUUUUGGCCUUUAAUUCGUCCUCUUCGACGAUGGGAGAAACCUUCCGCCAUAAGCUUCUUGCUGUGCGACUCCUUCGGCUGGCGGGGGGAGUUCUCCGGGCGGUUUCUGUUUAUCUCUGCAACUUCAUGGAGGAAUCCAUAGUUUUUCAACUUCAUUAUUUUUUUCUAAGAAAAAAAAACCGGUACCAAACUCAACAUAAGAAGCCAUUUAAUAUCCAAUAUGAUUGUCUUUGCAGAGGUUUUUUUUUAUUUUAUUUUUUUUGGGGGGGAGAGAGUUUGAGUGCUUAGUGUUAUUUAAAUUAAAAAAAAAUUAUAGCAUAAAGGAGAGAAGGAGAGUUCAGAAUGAUGCAAUCUUUUAAACAUGGCUGGGAACACCGGCUAUACAUGAUGCAACCUCAUGUAACUGUCAGUCAUGGAUUGAGUAAUCUGUUAAAGAUGUUCCUACUGGGUUUUUUAUUAUAAAGAAUGAUCUAUUUCUAUAAGGAAAAAGACAUAUGUAUAUUUUGGGAUCUAUGCAUUCUUGCUACAUAUGAAGCAUUAAUGAACAAUUUUAAUAAAACUUUAUUGCUAGGAUGGAAAA